GAUCUGCCAUCUCCCUCUGGCGACAGUCGCACGAUGAGCGCGUCUGUCAAGAGUUGUUACAUACGUAGCCUGGAGGGAACUGCUCCAACGAACGUCUAUUUGCCGGACAACACUGCAAUUUUUGUAGGACGCUCGCCGGAAACCGGCAUCACAGACGUGAAAUGCUCGCGGCAACAAGUUCGUCUAUUUGCCAACUAUGAGGAGGCUAUCGUCACAGUUCAGCAGAUUGGCCCGCACGCCUGUGGCUUUAAUGGCUUCAAAACUCGGAAGGGUGUAAAAUUUGUGGCCCGACACAAUGAUCGCUUGGAGCUGCUGUACGGCAAGCACGUUUAUGAGAUCGAGUUCAAUCCACCGCCAAGCGUGGAACACUUUUCCUCGAGGAAGCGAUCGUACGACUCGGAGUCGGAGGAAACCGAAAGCAGAGCGAAAAUGUCGAAACUGGAUAAUUUCUCUGACGAUCGCUCCGAAGAAUAUGACGGAGAAGAGGAAGAGAGAUUACCUUCGAAUGGUGUACACAGCAAACAGAAAACAUUCAGCCCUGCCUCUUCUAGCACAUCCUCUGAGCAGAGCAAUGAAAGUACCUCUGCAAAGUGGGCCAGUGUUGAUAAUGGAAAAUUGUUGAUUUAUAAUUCCCCAUCUGUUCAAAAUCGAGAAAAGGUGGCUGCGUAUGAUAUGGAUGGUACUUUAAUAAAAACUAAAUCUGGCUUGGUGUUUCCAAAGGACUGUAACGAUUGGCAGUUGCUAUAUCCUGAUGUGCCCGGUAAAUUGAAGCAGUUUCAUGCGAACGGAUACAAAAUAGUGAUCUUCACGAAUCAAGCAGGCCUCAGUGUUGGCAAAUUCAAGAUCAGCGAUUUCAAGAGCAAGAUCGAAAAAAUUGUACAGAAAAUCGGCGCCCCCAUUCAAGUUUUUAUUGCUGUGGGAAGGAGCGUUUAUAGAAAGCCAUCCAUUGGUAUGUGGGAAUUACUGGAAAAAGAGAAGAACGGAGGCAUUACUAUUGACAAGGCUAAUUCAUUUUACGUUGGUGACGCCGCUGGUCGGCCAAAGAACUGGGCCUCAGGAAAGAAGAAAGAUCAUUCGAGUGCGGAUCGAUUAAUGGCUUUGAAUUUGGAGAUCAAAUUCGAGACGCCUGAGGAACACUUUUUAAAACACAAAACUCCGCCUUACGAGUUACCCAAGUUUAAUCCGAAAAGUCUGUCGCAAUCUGAUGACAUAUGCAAUCCUGCUGACGCGGAAUUAACACUAAAACAACAAGAGAUAGUACUUAUGGUCGGCAGCCCAGCCUCCGGAAAAUCGCAUUUUGCAAAGAAUUAUCUAAAGGAAUACGGAUACGUCAAUAGAGACACUUUAGGCAGCUGGCAGAAGUGCACUGCCGCAGUUCAGCAAUACUUGAAUCAGGAAAAAAGCGUAGUUAUAGAUAAUACCAAUCCCGAUCCAGCAUCGAGAAAGAGAUACAUAGAGGUAGCCAAGAAGUACAAUGUCCCGGUCAGAUGUUUCGUCAUGACGACAAGUGUAGAGCAUGCGAAACAUAAUAAUAAGUUUCGCGAACUGACGGAUCCAAGUCAUGUUCCAAUCAACGAGAUGAUUAUAAACUCUUACAUGAAAAAUUAUGUGCCGCCAACUUUGAAGGAAGGCCUUAAGGAAAUAGUGAAAAUCAAUUUUGUUCCGAAUUUCCGUAACGAACAGGAUCGAAGGCUUUAUGAGAUGUAUUUACUCGAGAAUUAAAUUUUAGAUUAUUUAAACAAAUAAAUUCUGCAUGUCAGGGAUGUGUUCACACGGGUUACUCUGUGUCGCCCAUAUAAACUGGUCCGUUUCUCUGUAACGCCACGAAGUGGUCCUGUGCGAGCGGAUCGACACUUUUUU